CUCCCAAAGUUAUUGCGACACUUAACAAUCGCCAAAUCCCUCAUGAUUCGACAAUGGUUUCCCAGCAGAAAACACCGGACCAGGGGCGAUGGGCCUUCGUCACGACGUCGCCCACCACCCGUUGCCCUACGGCAGCUCAAAGAACGUUGAUGCGAAAGCAUAUAAUGAAAGACAUAGGAUACUCGAGACGAGCAUGCCAUUACUCCUCACGAUCAAGUUCUGUAUCGGGCGCUGGAGGCAUCCCUGGGCAGACAGAUGGGGCUCCAGAAGUAAUCAAGCCCACAGCGAUCCCAAGGGCCUUCCCUUCAACAGCCACCGCGCUAGUGACAGUCAAUGAUGACGCUCGCUGUGUGUUACAUUACGUGUUCUCCGAUGCACUUCCCAGCUACAUUCGUGUGUACAGAGAGAAAUGGUAUCCAGUCUGCGUACAAGAUAAUGCAGCCUUUCACCAAAUGCUUGCAUGUUGUGCUACUCACCUAUAUCGGUGGCAGCCAGAAAAGCAUCACAGAUUGAAACGAGUAGCGAUCAGCGAACAUGCACAAGCGCUCACCAUAGCUAGAGAGCACUUGAGAGGCGUGACUCAUUUGGUUUCCGAAGACUAUCUUGUUGUUAUCCUUAUGUUCGCAUGCUACGCGCAUAUGCUCAAUGACUUGGCAACAUUUAAGAUGCACAUGGCCGCCAUUCGAAACAUCGUUUCGUUCCGAACGAGUGACAUCAGCGAAGAAUUUAUGCGUUUAUAUCAAUCCAUUGACUCUAUCGGGUCAUAUGCCUUCGGAAUCACUCCAUCAUCCCUGAUACCUACAACAAUGACAUUACCGACUCUCACUCACUCGACCCUUGGGAAGCCUCUUUCAGUCCUCAUCAGCUCAUUGGAUCUGAAAUACCGUCUGACGAUGCUACAAGCAUAUCAAUCGCUUCAAAACCUGGACCAUUAUCUGGCACUCGUCCAUGUCAACCCAGGAUCGUCACUACUGGACGAACCUUACAAGUUGGACCUACUCGUGGAGCCGGUCUCGCGAUGCUUUUUGUCCCUUAGAAUACCGACGGACAUGCCAGCGAAGGACUCUGCACCUCUCACGUACUUGUGUGCGGGAGGAUUGCUCUACUUAGCAGAACUGCGUAGGCGAUCUGGUAUCAGUCCCGUCAUGACCACAUUCCAUGUCGAUAAACUCAAGCAAUCUCUCGAGAGCAUGGCGCACUACCUCAACAUAGAUCCAUCGAUACACCUUUGGGUUCUUACAGUGGGUGCUCUCGAAAGUACUAGUCUGGACGACCAAUAUUACUUCUGCUCGCAAAUCAAGCAGCUUAGGACGAAUGAAGGAAUCGAGACCAUGAAACAAUACGAGGAGCACCUACACUGGGUCGUCUGGUUUGACCCUCUAUACCAAACACGACUCUCAGCUCUGUUCCCAAUGACAUAGAGAAUCCAACUCAUGCAUCAUACAUUGUGAACUCCUAUCUAGACAUACUCCUCGCUGUCGCAAGCAGUUUGUUCAGAUUUUCCUAGCGUUCUCUGCCGCUUCAGCACUACCAGCAGUAGAGCAACACCAAGCCCCAAGCCGGCCAAGCCCACGGAUGUCCAUUGCGCUGCCCGAUAUCCUUGAAGUAUUGAUUUAUUCGAAGUACCUC